AUGUUUCACUAUAUUGGUUGGUUUAGUUUCAAUGGAAUAGAAUUUGAGAGACUGAAACAUUUGAAAUCAAACACAUCAGCUAAUGUUCAAACUCAGAACAUUAGAGAUCUUAUUCAACGAGUUAUUGGAUCUCGGGCUAAUGAGUUCAACUUAACAGUAGAUCUUGCUCUCGGACCAGCUGAAAGAGACACUUACAAAAUUGUAACACAAAAUGGUAAAGGACAAAUUAAUGGUACCAGUGGAGUUGGAGUGGCUAUGGGAUUCUAUUACUAUAUUAAAUAUUACUGUGGUGGUCAGUUUACAUGGGCUGGUCAACAAAUUAAUUUACCAACACCAUUACCAGUAGUACCAUCACCUGGUAUCACUAAAACUUCAAAUGAUAGGAUGACUAAUUAUACCAUACAGAAAUAUGGGCAUCAUGACACAGAGGUUGAUCAAGCAGGGAAUAUUUUACUAAAAAGUUUUCAUGGUAAAAAUGGCUUCGUGAAAUAUCCCAGACUAAGUCCAAAGUUUUAUAUAUGGUACAGUCCUAACUUUCUGUAUCAAGCAUGGGAUUUAAUGGUAAAAGCUUCACCAAAUUUAAUAACAGUGAUCUAUUUAGACAAGCUGGAGAUUUAUUAUAUUACUAUCACAAUUAGAAAAGUUGUUAGCAUCAGACAGACUAUCAAUCUAGAUUAUAUGAAUACAAUGCUAGGAACCACAACCCAGUGGAGAGAUAGUAAACAAUGGACAGGCUUGUUUGCGGAUUUUUAUCUACCAAGAUGGCAGUUGUUUAUAGAUACUUUAAAGGGAAAUCAUUUAAUGGUCAGGCUGAUGUAA